GUUGAACACAAACUUGCUCUCACUCCAGCCACUAAAAAGGGCUUCUUACCACAAUAUGUCAUCUGAAAUCAGCGCCAAAAGACGCAUCAUCCUUGGGUUGAUGACCCUUGGCCCAGACGCCACCCACGGUGCUCGCAUCACGAGUCUGGAUGAAUUCAAUCGGUGCCUGGACCUGUUCCAAGAGAAAGGCUACGGUGAGGUGGACACCGCUCGACUCUACGAUGGCGGUCGGCAGGAGGCAUUCACCCGCCAGACAGGCUGGAAAGAACGAGGCCUCUCAAUGGCAACGAAGUGGGCCCCACUCACAUCAGGCGCCCACCGCGCAGAAAUCCUGGAGGAGAGGCUGGAUGAGUCCCUACGAGAGCUGGGAACGGACCAGGUGGACAUCUUCUAUCUCCAUGCGGCGGAUCGCACCACCCCUUUCCCAGAGACGUUCGAAGCACUCGACCGACUGUACCGACAGGGGAAGUUUAAGCAGCUGGGACUCAGCAACUUCUCUGCCUUUGAGGUUGCGGAAGUCGCAACUCUGUGCAAUGAACGCGGCUGGGUCCGGCCCACGAUCUACCAGGCGAUUUACAAUGCGCUGACACGUGGGAUUGAGGAUGAGCUCAUCCCCUGCUGCCGCCGCUGGGGCAUUGACGUGGUCGUCUUCAACCCCUUGGCAGGCGGGUUCUUUUCUGGCAAAUACAAGACGGCUGAGCAGCCUGCCGACGGACGAUUCAGUGACGGGAACCCAAUGCAGGGCAAGAUGUAUCGGGAUCGGUACUUCAAAUCGAGCAUCUUCCGUUCUUUGAAAAUACUGGAGCCGGUGGCUCAGAAGCACGGACUGUCAAUGGUGGAGGUGGCCCUUCGCUGGUGUGUCCAUCACUCGGCUUUGAGAAUCACCGAUGGUCGUGAUGGUAUUAUCACAGGAUUUAGCAGCUUUGAGCAGCUCGAGGGCAACCUGAAUGAUCUGGAGAAGGAUCCUCUACCGACCGAGGUCCUUGAUGCUUUAGAUCAGGCUUGGUCUGUUGCCAAGGUUGAUGCAAGCAAAUUUUGGCAUGGCGAGCUGGUGUAUGGAUACGAAACUCCGGGAGCGCUGUUGCAGGAGCGCAGCUGACGCAUUAUGUGGGGUGAACGACUUGCUUACAAAGUCAUAGAAGUCCAUGAUGUUAAAAAGCCUAGAUGGCCUCAUCCUUCAUAUAAUUUGUCCAGAAAGCUAAGGGUCA